AUGUUUUCCCCCAAUAAACCCAUUAUACAAAAAGAAGACUUGGCUGCUAUCAAAGGUUAUUUUGAUAUUUGUAUAGGCUCUUCUUCAUCAGAAGCAUCCCCUGAAACCAAAUCUGAAUAUAAAGUAUUAAUGAAACGACAAGCUACCCUUCAAAACCUUAAAGAUCUUGACUCUGAUAUUAUGAGUUGGCAUUUGGAAACACCACCCAAAAACUCGAAUACACUUGGUGCGAAAAAAAGGCAAAAGAUUCGGAUUAUAUCUGGCUUGCCACAAAUAACUUUAUCAAACAAAAAGGGAAUCUCAAACUACUCGAUGGCAUUGGAAAAUUAA